CCCACCCACUUCUCCUCUUUGUGUUUCUCUUCUUGGGCUGGGCCUGAUCUUUCUCCUGGUUUCAUUCCCCAAAGGACUUGGAUUCCUGGGUAUGGUGAUGACUGGCAAAAAAGGUAAAUGUCCUGGGAGGAGCCCCGGGACAGAAUCCAGACGGCGGGGCGAUGAUGGUAUCAAUACACAGUCUCUCGGAGCUGGAGCGCCUGAAACUGCAAGAGACAGCUUACCAAGAACUCGUGGCCAGACGUUUCCUCUCCGAAUUCAGACCUGAGAGAGCUUUGCCCGUUGACCGUCCAAACACUUUGGAGAAGUGGAUUCAGCUUCUAAGAGGACAAGAGAGAGGCCUUUCACUCAAGACGUUUGGCGUCUCGCUGAAAGAGGUGUUGGUGAAUGAGCUCACCCGACGCAAGCAUCUGGAACUAAUCGCUGCUAUGCAGGUGGAAGAAGAGAACAGGCAGAUUUCAGGCCACCGUCGUCGUCGGGGAAACGUGGUGCAAAGAAUGUUUGGAAGUCUUCGGCUCUUUUUCAGUCGCCGUUGGGCGAGGGCCACGUUGCCCCAGGAGUUCACUCGCCGUGGUCGUCGAGGUGCUAUAUCUGUGGAUAGCUUGGCUGAGUUGGAAGAUGGGGCUCUGCUGCUGCAGACCCUGCAACUUUCAAAAAAUUCCUUUCCAAUUGGCCAACGCCUGCUGGGGUCCAAGAGGAAGAUGAGUCUCAAUCCUAUUGCAAAACAAAUCCCCCAGAUUGUGGAGGUUUGCUGCAGUUUCAUUGAAAAACAUGGAUUAAGAGCAGUGGGAAUUUUCACAGAAGAGUACUCUGAGGAGAGAGUGCAGGAGCUCCGUGAAGAAUUUGAUCAAGGUCUGGAUGUAGUGCUGGAUGACACUCAGAAUGUGCAUGAUGUAGCAGCACUCCUUACAGAGUUUUUUCGUGACAUGAAAGACUCUCUGAUACCAGAUGAUUUGCACAUGUCCUUCCUCAUGACAGCCACUCUGAAGCCACAAGAUCAGCUUUCUGCCCUCCAGUUGCUAGUCUAUCUCAUGCCUCCAUGCCACAGUGACACCCUUGAGCGCCUUUUAAAGGCACUCCAUAGUGUCACUGAGCAUUGUGAGGAUGUGAUUGGCAUGGAUGGGCAACUGGUUUUUGGCAACCGUAUGACUUCCACUAAUUUGGCGUUGGUGUUUGGAUCUGCUCUUCUAAAGAAGGGAAGAUUUGGCAAGAGAGAGUCAAGGAAGACAAAACUGGGGAUUAACCACUAUGUUGCUUCUGUCAAUGUGGUCCGUGCCAUGAUUGAUAACUGGGAUGUUCUGUUCCAGGUGCCUCCCCAUAUUCAGAGGCAGGUUGCUAAGCGUGUGUGGAAAUCCAGUCCUGAAGCCAUUGAUUUUAUCAGACGCAGGAAACUGAGGAAAAUUCAGAGUGCUCAGAUUAAGAUGGAAGAAGAUGCUUUACUUUCUGACCCUGUGGAAAACUCUGCUGAAAUUCGGGCUGCUGUCUUAGGUCAAAGCACUCCUUUCGAUGAAGGUUCCUCUGAGGAGCCCGCUGUGCCUCCCGGCACUGCCUAUUCCCAUGACGAUGAGGAAGGAGCGGGUAAACCCCUCAUUCUGGAGCAAGAGCGCCCAUUGCUCCGUAUGCCCCCGGAGAAGGAGGCCAAAACUGGCAUCGGUUCCUUGUUUGCUUAGAUGUUUUCCUUCUAGAUGGUGCCGGACAGGGAAAAAGGGCAGGAGUAGACCUGAGAUGUCACAGAAAACAUUAAGGAAAACCUUGAUGGUAAACAUAUGAGGGUGAAAAGGACUUCCAUCUGAUGCUCGGGUCAGGUUGAG